CAUCCCUCCGAGCCAAUAAUAAUCACCGCUAAAACCAGUUAGUUCCCUUAUUAUUAAUAUUAAUAUUAUAGAUGUGAGUAAAUGCUCAUCACCUCAACUUCCACCCUCCAAGAAUGAAAUACACAAGCAAUUAUUCUUGAUGGUCAAUAUUAUUAUUAUUAUUAUUAUUAUUAUACCCUCUCUAAAUCUCACUCCCUAAUUCUUUAUUUCCUCCUUCCAUCCAACCAUCCAUCACAAAAAAUAAAAAUAAAAUAAAAAAAGAAGGAAAGAAGCAAAGAAAUCGUUUAAUUUCUUGGAAAUAUAAUGAGCCACCAAUCAGGAGCAGGAGCAGGUUCUUCUUUCUCCAUUAAUUCCAAGGGGGAAGAUUUUGAUGAUGAUGAAGAGAAGAAGAAGAAAUCUUCAUCGUCGUCGUCGUCGAAUAAUAAUAAUAAAAAAGUAUCACUUGGGAAGCUAUUUGCAUUUGCAGAUAGUUAUGACUAUUUGUUGAUGUUUGUUGGAUCAAUAGGUGCUUGUGUGCAUGGAGCUUCUGUCCCUAUUUUCUUCAUUUUCUUCGGAAAGUUAAUCAAUAUUAUUGGCUUGGCUUAUCUCUUCCCCAAGGAAGCUUCCUCCAAAGUUGCCAUGUAUUCACUGGAUUUUGUGUAUCUCAGCAUAGUAAUUAUGUUUUCAUCAUGGACAGAGGUGGCUUGUUGGAUGCACUCCGGGGAGAGACAAGCAGCAAAGAUGAGGAUGGCGUAUGUUCGGUCAAUGCUAAGUCAAGAUAUAAGCAUAUUUGAUACAGAAUCAUCCACCGGAGAAGUCAUUUCUGCAAUCACUACUGACAUCAUUGUUGUCCAAGAUGCCAUUUCUGAAAAGGUGGGGAACUUUCUGCACUAUAUAAGCCGUUUCUUAGCAGGUUUCACAAUUGGUUUCAUCAGAGUAUGGCAAAUUAGUUUGGUUACACUUAGCAUUGUCCCUUUGAUUGCUGUUGCUGGUGGCAUUUAUGCCUACGUGGCAACCGGUCUUAUUGCUCGUGUUCGUAAAUCUUACGUGAAAGCUGGUGAAAUUGCGGAAGAGGUUAUUGCUAAUGUGAGAACUGUUCAAGCCUUCUCUGGUGAAGAAAAGGCUGUUAAACUAUACACAAAUUCUCUAUUCAACACCUACAAAUACGGGAAAAAGGCCGGUUUGGCAAAGGGUCUUGGCCUCGGUACUUUGCAUUGCGUACUUUUCCUUUCGUGGUCUUUGCUUGUUUGGUUCACUAGCAUUGUUGUUCAUAAGAACAUCGCCAAUGGCGGCGAGUCUUUUACCACUAUGCUCAAUGUUGUCAUCGCUGGCUUGUCACUGGGGCAAGCGGCACCCGAUAUCACAGCAUUUAUUAGAGCAAAGACAGCAGCAUACCCCAUUUUCAAGAUGAUCGAGAGGAACACAGUGAGUAAAACAAGCUCCAAAAACGGUAGAAAACUGAGUAAAGUUGACGGCCACAUCCAAUUCAAGAACGUGACGUUCAGCUACCCUUCUCGUCCAGACAGUUUGAUAUUCAACAAGCUCUGUCUGGAAAUUCCUCCGGGUAAAAUAGUAGCACUUGUCGGAGGAAGUGGAUCCGGGAAGAGCACAGUCAUAUCUUUAAUAGAAAGAUUCUACGAGCCUGUAUCGGGACAUAUUCUAUUAGAUGGAAAUGAUAUAAGAGAUCUUGAUCUUAAGUGGCUUCGUCACCAGAUAGGUUUGGUUAAUCAAGAGCCUGCCCUAUUUGCAACUACUAUUAGGGACAAUAUUCUCUACGGCAAAGAUGAUGCAACCACCGAAGAGAUCACGCGUGCCGCUAAACUGUCGGAGGCAAUUAACUUCAUUAGCAACCUGCCGGAUAGAUUCGAAACACAGGUGGGUGAGAGAGGGAUACAGCUGUCGGGUGGGCAGAAGCAAAGAAUAGCGAUAUCACGUGCAAUAGUGAAGAAUCCAUCAAUAUUGUUGUUGGACGAAGCUACAAGUGCACUUGAUGCUGAGUCUGAGAAGAGUGUACAAGAGGCACUUGACCGUGUGAUGGUGGGUAGGACAACUAUUGUUGUUGCUCAUCGUUUAUCUACAAUUAGGAAUGCUGAUGUCAUCGCUGUUGUACAUAACGGUGCCAUUGUUGAAACUGGAAGCCAUGAAGAGCUUAUUUCGAGGCCAAACAGUUCAUAUGCUUCCCUUGUUCAGCUACAAGAGGCUGCUUCUCUGCACCGUUUGCCUUCUCACGGCCCUACAAUGUCCCGCCCUCUCAGCAUAAGGUACUCACGUGAAGGGAGCAUUAGAUUUUCAAGGGAAUUAUCGCGCACAACAACAAGAAGCCAUGGUGGUGGUGGUACAAGUUUCCGUUCAGAGAAAUCGAUGAGCAGAUUUGGUGUUGAUGGAGGUGGGGCUGAUGGUGUUGCGAAAGAGUUGAAUAUUUCUUCGGGGAGAUUGUAUUCAAUGGUGCGUCCGGAUUGGUUUUAUGGGGUUUUUGGAACACUAUGUGCAUUUAUUGCAGGGGCACAAAUGCCUCUAUUUGCACUUGGUGUCACACAGGCGCUCGUUUCUUACUACAUGGAUUGGGACACCACUCGUAGAGAAGUUAGAAAAAUUGCAUUCCUCUUCUGUGGAGGGGCUGUUAUUACUGUCUUUGUUCAUGCUAUUACGCAUCUCUGUUUCGGUAUCAUGGGUGAACGACUUACCCUUCGUGUUAGAGAGAAGAUGUUCACUGCUAUGUUGAGAAACGAGAUAGGAUGGUUUGAUGAUGUAAACAACACGAGCUCGAUGCUUGCAUCACAACUGGAAAGCGAUGCAACUCUGUUGCGUACAGUAGUGGUGGAUCGUUCGACAAUACUUCUGCAGAAUGUCGGUUUAAUUGUGACAUCUUUUAUCAUAGCCUUCAUCUUGAACUGGAGGCUCACUCUUGUGGUCAUGGCCACUUAUCCCUUGAUCAUUAGUGGUCAUAUUAGCGAGAAACUAUUCAUGAAAGGGUAUGGGGUAGACCUGAACAAAGCAUAUCUGAAAGCAAACAUGCUUGCUGGAGAGGCAGUGAGUAACAUAAGAACAGUAGCAGCAUUCUGCUCAGAGGAAAAGGUACUCGAUCUUUACUCUCGCCAACUUAUCGAACCCUCUCAGAGUUCUUUCAGGCGCGGCCAAGCUGCUGGCAUCUUUUAUGGCGUCUCUCAAUUCUUCAUCUUCUCCUCUUACGGUCUCGCCUUAUGGUACGGUUCGACCCUGAUGGAGAAGGAGCUAGCGAGCUUCAAAUCAGUGAUGAAGUCAUUUAUGGUACUGAUUGUGACAGCAUUAGCUAUGGGGGAAACACUAGCCAUGGCACCGGACAUUCUAAAGGGCAACAAAAUGGUGGAGUCUGUAUUUGAAGUGCUUGACCGAAGAUCUGAGAUAAUAAACGAUGUGGGAGAAGAUAUUGGUAGAGUACAAGGUACAAUCGAGCUCAAAGAUGUCGAAUUCAGCUAUCCAUCGAGACCCAAUGUGUUGAUCUUCAAAGACUUCAAUCUAAGAGUCGAUAUAGGAACAAGUAUGGCAUUAGUUGGACAAAGUGGUUCAGGUAAAAGCUCGGUCAUUGCACUAAUACUAAGGUUUUACGAUCCUAUUUCUGGCAAAAUAAUGAUAGAUGGGAAAGACAUAAAGAAAGUGAAGCUGAAGAUGUUAAGAAGACACAUAGGUUUGGUACAGCAAGAGCCGGCACUGUUUGCAACAACAAUAUACGAAAACAUACUGUACGGGAAAGAAGGGGCGACAGAGGGUGAAAUAAUAGAAGCAGCAAAACAGGCAAACGCGCAUACAUUCAUAAGCGGCCUUCCGGAAGGUUACUCAACAAAAGUAGGGGAAAGAGGGGUACAACUGUCGGGUGGGCAGAAGCAAAGGGUGGCAAUAGCAAGAGCUAUAUUGAAGAACCCUUCGAUACUGCUAUUGGACGAAGCAACGAGCGCUCUUGAUUUAGAAUCGGAAAGAGUUGUACAGCAAGCACUAGACAGAUUGAUGAAGAAUAGGACAACAGUGAUGGUUGCACACAGGCUGUCGACAAUAAAGAAUGCACAUCAGAUAUCAGUAUUGCAAGAUGGUAAGAUAAUAGAGCAAGGGACUCAUUCUACUCUAUUAGAGAACAAAGAUGGAGCCUAUUUUAAGUUGAUUAACCUACAGAACCAACAACAAGGCUAACAAUAUUCCAUUCCAUCCCAUCAUCUUUUUCAUUAUUAUUAUUAUUAUUAUUAUUAUUAUUAUUAUUAUUAUUAUUAUUAUUAUUAUUAUUAUUAUUAUUAUUAUUAUUAUUAUUUGUUGUUGCUGUUGUUUGUCGGUAUUGUUGGUGUUUGUAUAUUGAAUAUUUGAUUUAUCGGGUUCGAACUUGAGAUUUUUAGACUCUGAGACUGGAUAUUGAACUAUACAACACUUGUGUUCAGC